UUUCAGCUUUCUAUGUACAUACAUACUACAUAAACAAAAGAUAACAAAAAGAAACUUCGGUUUGGUUGUUUGCCAUUAUGCCGAGCAAAUUUAGGAUAAAAGCCUUAAUUAAUGGAAAGUGAAAACAUUGGGAAUUUAAAAAUACUUUUUGUCUGCCUCGGGAAUUCGUGUCGAUCUCCCAUGGCAGAAAGCAUUUUGAAAAGUUUAAUUAUGCCCCAUAAUGAAUUAAAUUGGACAAUAGAUAGCGCAGCUUUACGAAGUUGGAAUGUUGGGUGUCCACCGCAAUCUAGAUGUUUAGAAAUAUUGCGCCAACGAGGAUUAAAAAGCAAUCAUGUUGGGCGUAAGAUUACUAUAGAAGAUUUUACUAUUUUUGAUUAUAUCUUUGGUAUGGACGAAAUGAACAUGGCUGAAUUGAAAGAAUUAGCUCCUUCGAAUAGCAAAGCCAAAAUUAAGUUACUGGGACUCUACGGAAAUACUCGCAACGAAAUCAUUUUCGAUCCAUAUUUUGAGCGCGGGGUCCAUGGUUUUAUCAAAUGUUACGAUCAAAUUUUGAUUUGUUGCAAAAAUUUUAUUAGUUCACAACUAAGUAAAUUUGACGUUAAACAGAGUUGAAUAAAAACAUACGUUUAAUUAGUUUUUUGAAUUGUAUAAAUUAUAGUUUUUUAUUAUAUGAUCUAAAAAAUUA